GCCACCCCACGCCCCAACCAACCCAGGUCUUUUUGACAGGGACGAAAAGCUACCGCGGCCGCUCGCCCCUCUCUCUCCUGUCUCCUAUCUUUUGAACUACCAAACUGCCCAACUCCCCCCAGAAAGGAAAGGGAUUUAUACUGUUGUAACUUUUGUUGAGAACGGGGAAGUGUUUGGUAGGUAAUAAUUACGGCUACAGCGACGACGACGUCUACAGAGGGGCGAUUUGACGGCUCGAAGGAGGCUUUUGUGUGUGGGGUUAUUGGAAAGGGGGCCGAUUACGGUGACGGGCGGCGUUUGCGGUGAGAGUACGAGGCGAGGACGCGGGAAUAAGGGGGUGUAGACUGGUAUCUCGAGAGGUAGGAAUAGGCCUCGACUUUAAAUACAAUGGCGUCCAAGGCGAUGUGGGAGGUUGAUCCGGAGACACGAUCAAAGCUCCAGGAAAUCGCCAAAACAAACAACAACUCCGUCUGCGCGGACUGCUCCGCGCCGUCCCCCCAAUGGGCCUCCCCCAAAUUCGGCAUCUUCAUCUGCCUCUCCUGCGCGGGCGUGCACCGCGGCCUCGGCGUGCACGUGUCCUUCGUGCGCUCGACCACCAUGGACGCCUUCAAGGCCGCGGAGAUCGAGCGCAUGCGUCUCGGUGGCAAUAAGCCCUGGCGCGACUUCUUCGAGGGGCAUGAGGAGAAUAAACUCGCUGGGGUGGGGUUUGAAGAUGCGACUAUUAAGGAGAGGUAUGAGAGUGUGGUGGGGGAGGAGUGGAAGGGACGUCUGACUGCCAAGGUGGAGGGGAGGGAGUAUGUGCCUGGGGCGCCGAAACCGGUAGUACCGAGACGGGAAACGAAGCCGGCGUCGCGAGCGACAACGCAGAUUCAAGGCCGUGCAUCGCCUGCUCCGUCUCUCGGCGAUGGGGGUAGUGGACGCAGCUCCAAGGCUAAGGUCGAUGAUAGGUAUUUCUCAAAGCUUGGGGAGGCGAAUGCUGCGCGCCCCGCAGACGUGCAUCCCAGCCAGGGAGGCAAGUAUGGCGGGUUCGGAUCGGAGAUGCCGGCGCCUGCGAGGGGGGAUGGGCCACCGGGCUUGGAUGAGCUGCAGAGGGAUCCGGUGGCGGCGCUGACGAAGGGGUUUGGGUGGUUUGGGGGGAUGGUGGGGAAGACGGCUAGGCAGGUUAAUGAGGGGUAUAUUGCGCCUGCUGCGCAAAGGAUCGCAGAAGCAGACCUCGCAGCCCAAGCCCGCCUCACCGCCGCCCAACUCGCCAAGUCCGCCCAAACCGGCGCCCAAGGCGCAAGCAGAACACUCAACGACUCGUUUAACCGCUUUGUGGAGGGUGAAGGCGCCGGGGGUGCGCGUGGUGGUGGAGGUGGGAGAGGGCCGUUGGAUGAGUCGAAGAGGGAUUUCUGGGAUGGGUUUGGGAGGCCGGAUGGGGGGGGCGGGGGGGGGACGAUUGGGACGAAUGCGGGGGAGAAGAAGGAGGUGAGGAAGGAGGUGAAGGAGGUGGUGAGGAAGGAGGUGAAGGAGGAGGAUGGGGAUUGGGAUAAAUGGUGAUAACUGGGAUAGCUUGGGUAGAUGAUAAUGCGAAUUUUUACGUUGGUUGGGAUAUUCAUUAGACGAUGUGAAAGGGGGAGUGAGAGAGUAAAUAAUAACGAGCAGGGUUAGAAAAUCAAUUACAAUCAUG